UCAAUUUUUGAUUUUGUAAGACAACAAGGAUAUCCAAUUGAAAAACACGAAACCGUUACCAGUGAUGGAUACGUGUUGCAAAUUCACAGAAUUCCUCAUGGAAAUUUGAAUUCCCUCAUGCUUUUCAAGGAUGAAAUUUUAUUAGAGGACGAAUUGGAAAGAAGAAAGAAAAAGAAGAGACCUGUAGUAUUCUUACAACAUGGCGUUUUCAAUUCUAGCUCUGCUUGGCUUAUUGGAGGCCAAAAAUAUAGCUUUGCAUUCAUGCUCGCAGAUGCAGGUUUUGAUGUUUGGCUUGGAAAUAAUAGAGGCGUUCAAUUUAGUAGAAAACACAUUUCAUGGAAUAGCUUUACAGACAAGGAAUUUUGGAAAUUCUCAUUUACUGAAAUGGCAAAAUUUGAUUUCCCAGCCCAAAUUAAAUACGUACUCAAGUUCACUCAAGUAGAGAAAUUAUCCUAUGUUGGCCAUUCUCAAGGAACUACACAAGCGUUUGUUGCCUUGACAUUAUUCCCAGAGUUACAAAAGAAAUUGGACAUGUUCAUUGCUUUGGCACCUGUGUGUAGUCUCAAGCAUCAACAAAGCAAAUUGUUAGCCAUGGUUACCAAGAUGAAUACGGAGAUGUUAUUCUCAACCCUGGAAGGAAUAGGUAUUGGAGAAAUUGGUGCUACACAACGUAAUAGAUCUGUUUUACCAAAGCUUACUCAGAGUUUAUUCAAUGAAGCAUGGACAGUUUUGUCAGAUUGUGAUAUUGAUCAUGCAAUUUUACCAAUCCUAUCAAAAUAUGAACCUUCUCCAACUUCUCUCCAAAAUUUAAUUCACUGGGGUCAAUUGAUCAAGUCUGAAUCAUUCCAAUCAUUUACUUAUCCAGCAAGCUCUGCCAAGAAUUCUACACCCCCAAAAGUUGAAAAGUACGAUCUUAAAAAGAUAAUUGAUGUACCAAUUGCUGUUUUCUAUGGCACUCUUGAUUACUUGGCUAAUCCUUCAGAUAUUGAGGAAUUCUUAAUGGAGGGGCUUCAAUAUUCACUUGUAUAUUCAAAAAAGAUUAUUGGUUUUAAGCAUAAUGACUUUGUUUGGGGAAAGAGAGCCAGAGAUGAAGUGUAUGUGUAUGCUCUCCAUUUACUCACACAA